GAUCAGAAACAGAUCAACAAUGGAGGCCCCAAAGUAAAAUCCCAAAAGCAAAUACAACAUGGAAGGUCCUCUUCAUAUUUUGCUUUCAUUUAAUUUCAAAAUAUAUAGGUUUCUUAAGGUCUCGUUCCACAGCAUCAGUUGUCACUUUCCCAAGAAUCCCCUUUUGCUAACUUUUUUUUUUUUCUGACUCAUACGAUACAAAUUAUGUAAUGUAGAAAGUCAAAUAUAGUAAUAAUUAAUAAAGUUAUACAAAUUCAAGCAUAAUGUGUUGAGGGGUCUGUUUGCUAUCUCUAUAUAUAUCACUUCGGCUAGAAGAACUCACUUCCGUUUUCAGCAACUCGUGGUGUUGCAGCUCAAAAGGAGAGUUUUGAUUUCAAGAAUCUUUGCUCCUUUUUAGCAGGCAUCAACCAUGGAGUUUCCAAACCAAGAACCAGAAAGUUCUUCUAAUAAGAAAACGGUAAGAGGCAAAAUUGAGAUUAAGCGGAUCGAGAACACCACUAACAGACAAGUUACCUUCUGUAAGCGUCGCAAUGGAUUGCUCAAGAAAGCGUAUGAACUGUCUGUGUUGUGUGAAGCUGAAGUGGCUUUGAUUGUCUUCUCUAGCCGUGGCCGCCUCUAUGAAUAUGCUAACAACAGUGUGAGGUCAACAAUUGAAAGGUACAAGAAAUCGUGCGCAGAUUCCUCAAACCCAGGAUCUGUAACUGAAGCUAACGCUCAGUUUUACCAGCAAGAAGCCACCAAACUCCGGAGACAAAUCAGAGAGAUUCAGAACCUGAACAAGCAUAUCUUGGGUGAGGCUCUUAGCUCUUUGAGCUUCAAAGAACUCAAGAACCUGGAGGCCAGAGUGGAGAAAGGUAUCACCAGAAUCAGAUCCAAAAAGGAAAUGCAGCUGCAAAAUGAUAACAUGCACCUGCAAGCAAUGAUAGCUGAAAACGAGAAUUCUGAACAGCAACAAUCAAGCAUAAUGCAGGCAGCUGUGUAUGAUCAGUCAGUGCCUUCACAGUCGUAUCAUCGAGAUUUCAUCCGUGUAAACCUCCUGGAACCCAAUCAUUGAUACUCUCGCCAAGAGCAGGGUGCUCUUCAACUUGUUUGAAUGAAGCUGGAAAACUAUCCUUGUCUUGAGCAAGUCUUUCAAGUUCAGCUAAACUAUGUUAUUAGACUCUUUGAUACGUAUGCUAUUGCAUAAGCAUUUCGCUUUAACAUUUUCCAAUGUAUUGGCUAAUACAGAGAAUCUUUGAAAUCUUUUGUUCAGAAUAUGUUACAAUAUUUCUCCGAUAUGUAAAUACUCAUAUUUAAUUGGAUAAUAUAAUUAUUUAUUUUUUUUCUUUCUCA